CCUCGCGUCAUGUGACCGGCCAAGAUGGCGGCGCUCAGRGCGGCGGUGCCGGUGCUGGCGCUGCUCGGGCUGUGCCUGAACCCCGCGCUCUCCGCCGCGGUACCGCUGGUGAUUUGGCACGGAAUGGGAGACAGCUGCUGCAAUCCGGUAAGCAUGGGCUUCAUCCAAAAACUCGUGGAGAAAAAAAUCCCGGGCAUUUACGUCCUGUCGCUCAAGAUUGGCAGCAACCUGAUCCAGGAUAUGGAGAACAGCUUCUUCAUGAACGUCAACGAUCAGGUGAGGGAGGUGUGCAGCCAGCUCGCCGCCGAUCCUCGGCUCAAGGGAGGCUACAACGCCAUGGGCUUCUCCCAGGGAGGCCAAUUCCUGAGGGCUGUGGCCCAGAGGUGCCCUUCUCCUCCCAUGYUCAACCUGAUUUCCAUCGGGGGACAGCACCAAGGGGUGUACGGCUUCCCCCGCUGUCCCGGAGAGAGCUCCCACAUCUGCGACUGGAUCCGAAAAACCCUCGAUCUGGGAGCCUACACCAAAUCUGUCCAGGAGCAUUUGGUCCAAGCAGAAUAUUGGCACGACCCUCUGAAGGAGGAGGAUUACAGGAAAAACAGCAUUUUUUUGGCUGACAUCAAUCAGGAGAGGGGCAUCAACGAGACCUACAAGAAAAACCUGAUGGCUCUGAAAAAGUUUGUGAUGGUGAAAUUCCUCAAUGACACCAUGGUGGACCCUCCAAUCUCUGAGUGGUUUGGGUUUUACAAAAGUGGCCAAGCCAAGGAGACCAUUCCUCUGCAGGAGACCUUGCUGUACAAAGAGGAUCGCCUGGGGCUGCAGGAGAUGGACAAAGCAGGGAAAUUGGUGUUCCUGGGGGUGAAAGGGGACCACCUGCACUUCUCAGAAGAGUGGUUUGACAGCACCAUCCUCCCCUUCCUCCAGUGAAGCUCCUGAGAGCACUGGGAAGGCUUUUCCACUGAAACUAAAACCAGCACUGUGUGACAGCAUCCAACCCUGCAGGGAUUUGGGGAAGGGGAGCAAGAGGGGGUUUGGCUCAGCAGGAUUUAAUUCCACGCCUAUCUGGGCUUAGCACUGGCUCUAACACACUCCAGCCUCCUCUCAGCUCUCAGAGGUUUGUUCUCCAUCCCCUGCUCCUUGCAGGACACACUGCAGUAUUAACCCAACUCACUAGGGCAGGGAUCAGCAACACUUUAAAUUAUGUUAGAACCUAUCCUUCAAAAUGGGGGAAAAGGCCAAAUUUAGGGGUUUCUGGGGAAAAAAAAAAAAGAGGGUUUGGAAUUCAGUAUUAACAGCUUUUAACUAACAGCUUGGUUUAUGUUCUUUUGUACAACUCAAAUCAAUAAAGAACUUUCCAUCUAACCAA